GAAGUCAGUCGAGAAAGUCCGAACUAAAACCCACCAAAACUGUAUCUCAGACUCAUUCCCAUUCCAAAAUCUCUAAAGUUUCUUUGUUUAAUCGGAGCGGAGGUUCAAUUCUGGUUCUUCUCGAUUGAAUCUCCUCUGGUAAUCUUAAUUUCAGGUAUUUUUUGGCGGUAGAAUGAGUAACUUCAGGUUAUUGUUAGCCGAGGCAGCACUAAAAGGGGUUGCAGAAGCUCGAGCUCGGAUAUUUGGGCAUGUGCUAAACACAACAGGACAACCAUCUGGUAUCAAAAUUCUCAGGAAAAAGCUUGUUGGGGAGAAGGUGGCUGCAUGGUACCCGUAUGAUAUCAAGAGGGAUGAUCCUCUUGUCAUGGCUCGUGAAGAAAAAGCGCGAUUAUCGAAGCUUGAAAUGCAGAAACGACGUGGGAAAGCUGCACCUAAGAAAGGUCAAGGAAGGCGUGCUCUUAAACGUAACAAGUAGAGGUGAUUCCCUAAGUGUUUUUUGAAUCUGCCAUUUCAGGAGGUUUCUAGCAUUCUAAGAUUUGAUGGUACAAGUCUUAAAUUCAACCAUCUCAUUCGCAAUAACAUUAUUAGUUUACUUACAGCAGUUGUAUGCAGAUAUGUGAUAAAUGUAACCUGUUAGCUGUUACCACUUGGCUUGUUUACACUUGUUCGAAGUCGAUAGAAACCAAUCUUAUUCAAGCAAUGCAUUAUUUUCGUCUCUUUU